CACGAGUCAACGUCACCUUCAACAGUCAAUUAUACGGGUUUAUUCGUCCGACAAUACCGGAGUAAAAAGCAAGCUUCCAGAAGAACAUCUUCAUAAAUAUAGCAGAUUGUAUCUAGGAUCAUCGUAAUUAUUAUCAAAGUUCAGCGAUGGCUACACUGCGGUUUAUACUUUUUUCCCUACUACUGAUAAAAGUGCAAUGUAUAACACUUAACGACAAAGAUAAAAAUAUGAUUAAUCGGUUAGCAGAAUACGUGAAUUCAGAGGACUGUGACGAUGUUGUAAAUACUAAAACGACCGAGACAACUGGGAUUAGCUUCGAUUGUAAAGUAUUUUCAAGUCAAGAAACACUUACCUCAGUACAUCAGCUAACAGCAGCCGAUAUCAAAGUAGUAGCCGCCAUUGGCGAUUCCAUGACCGCUGCAAAUGGAGCUGGCUCUGAUAGUAUCACUGAUACCUUAACCGAAUAUCGGGAACUUAGUUUUUCAGCUGGUGGUCAAGGAAGUUUGGAAAGUAUGGUCACUCUACCAAAUAUUCUGAAGAAAUAUAACCCAUCACUGAAAGGAUUCUCGACAACCGGAUCAAUAGGAUUCAAUGUUGCCGAAUCUGGUGCAACAACUGAUGAACUAACGUGUCAAGUUGGUGAAUUGAUUGAUAUGAUGAAAGCAGAUUCGAGCAUUGACUAUGAGAACGACUGGAAGGUAGUGACCAUAUUCAUUGGUACCAAUGACCUCUGCCAUUAUUGUCUGAAUGAAGAAGAUUCAAGUCCCGCCAAUUAUAUUAGCUCUAUGUAUGAAGGUCUUGAAUUAUUAAAGGAUGAGAUGCCUCGAACAUUUGUUAACAUUGUUUCACCUACAAACGUCUACGAUCUUAGUACGAUGGCUAGCCAGAAUUCAGUCUGCACAACCGUUUAUAUGAAAUCGUGUCCAUGUGUUGCUGCUGGUGGCGCUAUAUUAGAUAAGGUUAACGAAGCUGCUCUUAAAUACCAGGGAUUAUUGAGUGACAUGAUUGCAACAGGCAGGUACGAGAAGGAUGAUUUCGCUGUUGUUCUUCAACCAUUCCUUCAAAAAGCGUCUAUGCCCAUGAAUAAGGAUGGGACAGUUGAUAUGUCUUUGAUGGCCGCCGACUGCAUUCACCUUAGUCAGAAGGGGCAAGCUAUGUACGGAUUGGCUUUGUGGCAGAGCAUGUUUCAGAGUACAAGUGCCAAGGCAACCAACCUACAAUCUGCGCUCCGUCUCGUCUCCUACAAUUCUCUUGAUGGUCAGGAGCUUGCUUGUCCCUCGGAACAACAAUUCUUUGCAACGAAUACCAACAGCGAAUCAAUGUCAGCAAACGCCGUCAACACCAAUGCCGUAGACACCGACUCCUCUUCCUCCUCAUCCACGUCCGUAAUUGUCGCCGUGUCUCUAGUCGGAGGCUGUGUAUGCCUCGUUGCUGUUGUAUUUGGUGUUAUGGUAUUCCGUCGUGUUAGAAAGAGGCAAGGCUACAGCGAACCUGAUGGUCACCCUAUGUCAUCUACUGGCGGUUACUCAUACACCAAAUUCUCUUAAUUUAUGUCUUUAAUAUUUUUAGUGAACUAAUUAAAACGGAGAUAUAUAUAAUGAUUACGCGUUCGUAGUGGUGCGUAAACUAGACGGAAAUAUUAAAAUGGAGACACUUACUACACUAGAUUAAAACAGUUACCUACACUGAAGUUUCAAUUGGUAUUAUAUUCAGCCUACUUUAUUUUGUACUGGUAUUAUUACUGCAGCGUCGCCUAAACAAUCUAAUGUAUUUGCUUGAAAUACGCAUUAAACACGGAUAUAGAAAAAUCUUGAACUCUGAUUAGCACGUUGGUGAUCUUCAAACAUGAUUAAAAUUUGUAUUUUUUUGUUAAAAGAGAAGGCAAAAUCAACUCUUAUUUUUUCAUACCUACCAUACAAGAAUUGUUAUUAUUAUAUUAUUAUCAAUAAUUUUAUCGUUAUUAUAUUAUUGUUAUUGUUCUUAAUAUCAUUGUUUAUGUUGCUAUUAUUAUUAUUAUUAUUAUUAUUAUUAUUACAUAUUUCAUUGAAAACAAACAGUUUUGGGUAUUCAUAUGUGGGGAUUUAAAAUAUAAUCCAGCCGAAAAUGUCAAGUCCCUGUUCCAUUGGCAAUAUGGAUAAAUCGUAAUAAAAUAUAAAUAAUAAAGAAAAAAGAACGAUAUUUUUUUGCUUCAAAUUCAGUUUCAAGAUAUUUUGAUUUUAGACUACAUAGCUCUUCCUUCUUAUGGGAUUUUAAGCCGUAGGUUAUUGGACAUAAUGGCUCUGUGUAAAAUGAUAAUAUAAGCUGUACAUUGACCAACAGUGGGCCUUCUGUUAAGUAGGCCUGUACAGCCGUAAGGGAUUGCCACUUUUUUCGUAAAAUAAUAAUGUUUACUUUUUGGUUUCAUAUUUGGAAAUUGGUUGGUAUUCAUAAGAAAGAUAUUUAUGUCCAUGAAUAAUGUACAGAUAAGGAAAUUUUAUAUAAUGUUUUCAUUUUCCCCUAGAAUUGUUAAGUAUUUGGAUCAAUGUUUUGUUGUUAUUUCUAGUGAUAAAAAUAAAUGGACGAAUAAUAUCGCA